AUGUUCCCUCGAGAACCAGCGACACAUCUGUUCCACGAUAACAAUCUUGAAAAUUUUACUGUUGUUUGGCUUGACGCUGAUAUAGAUAAAACAGAUGAUUGCCACGACACAAAAAAGCGUUUAAGAACCAUUGCUAAUCAUUUAAGAACGUUUUGUGACGCUGAUGAAUGUAUCGAUUAUAUCUCAUCAAUUAAAAUGGAACAAGUGUUGCUAAUUCUGUCUGGUUCAUUCGGUGAAAUCAUCGCUCCUCUCAUUUUCGAACUAUCUCAAAUUACAUUUAUCUACAUAUUUUGUCUAAACAAAAUUAAGCACGAAACAUGGUCUAAUCAUGUACUAAAUAAUCAAAAUAAAAUUCGUGGCGUUUUUACUCAUAAAGACUUUCUUCUUAUUCAGAUAGCUGAGGAUGCUAAAGUUUUAUCAAACGACAUGAUGCCAAUGAAUGUAUUUGGUUUGUCGCACCAUGAAAAAUCAAUUCGUGAUUUAGACAAAGAAAGCGCUGUAUUUAUGUGGAAUCAAUUGUUAAUGGAUGUUCUACUUCGCAUGCCAACAUCUGACGAAUCGAAAAUGGAAAUGUUAACUGAAUGUGAAUCUUAUUACAGAGACAAUGCUAAAGAACUCGAAAAGAUAAAUGAUUUUCGUCUGAAUUAUUCGUUUGAUGCAGCCGUGUCGUGGUACACGCGUGAUUCAUUUGUAUAUCGCCUCUUAAAUAAAGCUCUUCGAACAAGAGAUAUUGAUAUUAUAUUUAAAUUUCGAUUUUUCAUCGCUGAUCUUUAUCGACAAUUGCAAAAAGAAUAUUCAAAAUUCAUGGAACGUUUCACGGAUGACGAAUACUUUCUAACGGUCUAUCGAGGACAGCAUUUAAAAGCUGAUGAAUUACAUGAGCUAAAAGACAAUAUUGGUCGACUAAUUUCAAUGAAUACUUUCAUAUCAACAACAUGUGAAAAAGCUGUAGCCUCAAUCCAUGCUGGUGACGGUUCGUUCAGUCCCAUUCUUGAAUCUAUUCUGUUUGAAAUACAGAUUAAUACGAGUAUUGACACAAAACCUUACGGUAAUAUAAAAGAAUUAAGUGUUAUGAACGACGAAGAUGAAAUACUUUUUUCCAUGGGGACCAUAUUUCGAAUAAAAUCUGUCGAAAAAGCAACUGACACGGGAAUCUGGAGUGUAAAAUUGUUGCUGAACAGUGAAAGCGAUGAACAGUUGAAAGUGCUGAGUGAACAGAUAAGAGAGGAAACUGAUGGCUCAUCUGAUUUACUAACGUUAGGACAUCUAUUAAGAGAAAUGGGUGAAUACGCUAAAGCUGAACGGUAUUUCACACGAUUAAUAAAUGAUACGUUGCCCAAUGACCCUGUCAUGAGCACAUUUUACAACAAUAUUGGACUAGUUUACAAUGAUCAAGGCCAAUAUUCUCAGGCAUUGAAAUAUUAUGAGCAAAGUCUUGAAAUUCGAUUGAAGACUUUGGGACCGAAUCAUUCAAUUGUUGCCAUAACGUACAACAACAUUGGUGGCGUAUACAAUGAUCAAGGCGAAUACUCUCAGGCAUUGAAAUAUUAUGAGCAAAGUCUUGAAAUUCGAUUGAAGAUUUUGGGACCGAACCAUCCAAGUGUUGCAAAGACGUACAACAACAUUGGUACCGUGUACAAAGAUCAAGGCGAAUAUUCUCAGGCAUUGAAAUAUUAUGAGCAAAGUCUUGAAAUCGACUUGACGACUUUGGGACCGAACCAUCCAAGUGUUGCAAUAACGUACAACAACAUUGGUACCGUGUACAAAGAUCAAGGCGAAUAUUCUCAGGCAUUGAAAUAUUAUAAAAAAAAACAUCAAAUAGAAUUGAAAACUUUUGGACCGAACCAUAC